GACACGGAUGCAAUGUUACAACCUUGCCAUAUGGACUUGUGUUAAAUAAGUUAACGGUGACGUUGAUUUCGUUAAGAUAAAUUUCUUUGUGCCAGGAAAUGACUGGAAAUGACGUCAUCGAUAAACUAUGCAAAAAAGACAUGACAUGCAACGUUGGGAAUAAAUUUGUCGGACUUCUCGACCGGCAUCCAGUAUUACUCCUACCACGGAACGGAGUACAAGCUACUCAAGACUACUGCGAGGAACAGACUUGGUGGACUCCUAAGAAUCGAAUUUGCGGCACGGGAUGACGAGACUACCUUUCCUCAGUUUCCUGUUGAUGGCAACACUUGCAGUCCUGAAGAGUAGUGCCGCUUUGGAGCUGUGUUCAAGCGACCAGGACUGCAUCGUCGCCAAUGGGUACGGCAGCUGUUGUGCACCCCGCGUUAGCUUCUUCUCGCCCGUACCGCAGUGCAAACCAGCGACAGAAGGUGGCGAGGUGUGCUUUCUGGAGAGCAACAACCUGCCGUACCCGAUGAAGCGACCGAGCCCGUUCUUCAUCUGUCCGUGCGCCAGUGGGCUGGUGUGCCGCCGGGUCGGCCAUCCCGUGCUCGGCAGGUGCGGCCCACAGGCAAAGUAGACAUACAAGUCUUACUUCUAGAACAGGCGAUGCGGGAUCUAAAGCACGGAUCAAGGACGCGGCAUGUUUCUCUGUGCACAACAUAGAUUCGUUUCCUUUUAUGUAAUCUUCCCGAAUAAUUUCUUUCCUAAGAUGCUUAACGUCACAGUAAAUACAUAAAAUUGCAGUUGAAUACAUAAGGAAAACACCUUUAUACAAUUCUAUCAGAUUGAACUCUGAAAACCCAAUGCAAAUAUUAGUAUUUUGUUAUGCAGAAGGUAGCAUAUUUUCCUGAAUAUAUUAAGAACAUCGUAUUUAUUACCGCGGUUAUGUGUGUGUGUGUCAUCAUAGAAAACCAUGUUAGAUGCGGUAUAUUUCAAAUGCUUCAGCAAACUUCAUUACACAAUUACGGUAGCCAGGUGGGCCAAAUAUACAAGCAAAAUAAAGUGU